AUGAAACUCCAACUCUUCGCACUUGUCUUGCUCAUAGCAGGCAUUUAUGCCUUCCCCUCAGAAGAGAACAACUUUUUUGACGAUGAGCCCAUCCAAAGAAAUCCUGCAGAAGACAGAGUUCGGAACAUGGUUGAGAGAAUUAUUAGAAGAAUUAAAAAUGCGGGUCUCGAUCCAUUGAACGUAGAAAAGAGACAAUUCUCUAUUAACCCGUCUUUUAUAGACGUAAGACUAAUAGGUGUCAUUGAAAAGCUACAUUUCUCUGGUUUGAGUGACAUCCGCAUCAACCACUUAGAAUACAGCUACAUCUUCAACAGAUUGCGCAUUGAUGUAUCUAUUCCUGAAAUGAAAGUUUCAAUGGGCAACUGCAACUUCCAAGGCAUUAUAGCUGGAAAUGCAGUUGAAGGAGAAAUGAGUGGCAGUCUGUCCAUCAAUGAACUUCGCAUCCAAGGUGUUGUCUACGUUGAUGUCAAUAUUAUCGGACAACCCUCCAUACGCAGUAUCUCAUUAGACUCGAGUCUGAAAGGCAUUGAGGCCGACUUAAAAGCUAUGGCUCAAGGAGUUGACCGUACUGAAUACGUGAACAAUCUCUUUAACGUGAGAAUCCCUGCCUUCCUCGAGAACAACAAGGAUGACAUCGACAGAAUUCUUGGAGGUCUUGUUAAAACCAUUCUCGAGUACUACUGGAACAAUUAA